ACGGCGCUGAGGAUGUCCCUGCAGCGGAAAUCCUCCAAGAUCCACUCCUCGGCGGGACCGGUCUGUUCCCCCUCGGGCUAUAAGAAGGCGGAUGAUGAGAUGUCCGGAGCCACGUCCUCGGCGGAUCUGGACGAAGCACCAGCCCGCACCAUUUACUUGAACCAGCCUCAGCAGAGCAAGUUCCGCGACAACUGGGUCAGCACGGCCAAGUACAGCGUGGUGACAUUUCUACCUCGAUUCCUGUAUGAGCAGAUAAGAAAAGCUGCAAAUGCAUUUUUUCUCUUCAUUGCCUUACUGCAGCAAAUUCCAGAUGUCUCUCCAACAGGAAGAUAUACCACCUUGGUGCCAUUGCUAUUUAUUUUAACAGUUGCUGGCAUCAAAGAAAUCAUAGAAGACUAUAAAAGGCAUAAGGCAGACAGUGCAGUGAAUAAAAAGAAAACAGUAGUUUUAAGAAAUGGGAUGUGGCAGAACAUCAUGUGGAAAGAGGUAGCAGUAGGAGAUAUUGUGAAGGUCACCAAUGGGCAGCAUCUUCCAGCAGACAUGAUCAUUAUAUCAUCCAGUGAACCACAAGCCAUGUGCUAUAUUGAAACAGCUAAUCUUGAUGGGGAGACGAAUCUCAAAAUACGACAGGGAUUGUCUCAAACUGCUAGUCUACAGUCAAGAGAGGAAUUGAUGAAAGUAUCUGGAAGGAUAGAAUGUGAAGGACCCAACCGUCAUCUUUACGACUUCACUGGAAACCUGCGCUUAGAUGGUCAAAGCCCUGUUCCUGUUGGUCCAGACCAGGUCUUGCUAAGAGGUGCACAACUGAGAAACACUCAGUGGGUCUUAGGUAUUGUCGUGUAUACAGGACAUGAUACAAAACUCAUGCAGAAUUCAACCAAAGCACCCCUGAAGAGAUCAAAUGUGGAAAAAGUGACCAACAUGCAGAUUCUGGUUUUGUUCUGUAUUCUCCUGGUGAUGGCCCUUGUGAGUUCUGUAGGUGCCUUAUUAUGGAACAGAACACAUGGUGAAGUCACCUGGUACCUUGGCUCCAACAAAAUGCUGUCUGUCAACUUUGGAUACAAUCUGCUGACAUUUAUAAUCUUGUACAACAACCUUAUUCCAAUCAGUCUUCUGGUGACAUUGGAAGUUGUCAAGUUUACUCAGGCUCUUUUUAUAAAUUGGGACAUAGAUAUGUAUUACCCUGAAACAGAUACACCUGCAAUGGCCAGGACCUCAAACCUUAAUGAGGAGCUUGGGCAGGUAAAAUACCUGUUUUCUGAUAAAACAGGUACCCUAACAUGCAAUAUCAUGACCUUUAAGAAAUGUAGUAUUGCUGGAGUGACGUAUGGCCACUUUCCUGAGCUAGAAAGAGAGCGUUCAUCAGAAGACUUCAGCCAGCUACCUCCUUCCACCAGUGAAUCAUGUGAAUUUGAUGACCCAAGACUUCUGCAAAACAUUGAAAAUGACCAUCCCACAGCUGUGCACAUAAAGGAGUUCCUGACUCUGCUGGCCGUGUGUCAUACUGUUGUUCCUGAGAGACAAGGAAAUACAAUAAUUUACCAGGCCUCUUCUCCAGAUGAAGGGGCAUUAGUGAAAGGAGCAAAAAAACUUGGUUAUGUCUUCACAGCACGGACUCCACAUUCAGUUAUCAUUGAUGCGCUCGGAAAAGAAAAAACGUUUGAAAUUCUUAAUGUGCUGGAGUUUUCCAGCAACAGGAAGAGAAUGUCAGUGAUUGUUCGAACUCCAGCAGGACAGCUGCGUCUCUACUGCAAAGGGGCUGAUAAUGUAAUUUUUGAGAGGCUUUCAAAAGAUUCCCAGUACAUGGAGCAAACACUGUGUCAUCUUGAAUACUUUGCAACAGAAGGUCUGAGAACUUUGUGCAUUGCUUAUGCAGACCUGUCAGAAAACUCUUACAGAGAGUGGUUGAAUGUCUACAAUGAAAGCAGUACAGUUCUGAAAGACAGAACUCAGAAGCUAGAGGAAUGCUAUGAAAUAAUUGAAAAGGAUUUACUGCUUCUUGGAGCUACAGCCAUUGAAGACCGCCUGCAAGCAGGUGUUCCAGAAACAAUAGCCACACUAAUGAAGGCAGAAAUUAAGAUAUGGAUUCUGACAGGGGACAAACAGGAAACAGCUCUCAAUAUAGGGUACUCUUGCAGGCUCAUUUCACAGAGUAUGUCUCUCAUCCUGGUCAACGAAGAUUCACUAGAUGCAACAAGAGCCUCACUGACUCAACAUUGUACCAGUUUGGGGGAGUCACUGGGCAAGGAAAACGAUAUUGCUCUGAUUAUUGAUGGCCACACACUGAAGUAUGCCCUUUCAUUUGAAGUCAGGCAGAGCUUUCUGGACUUGGCACUCUCCUGUAAAGCAGUCAUUUGUUGCAGAGUAUCUCCUCUACAGAAGUCUGACAUAGUAGACAUGGUCAAGAAACACGUCAAUGCCAUAACGCUUGCCAUUGGGGAUGGUGCCAACGACGUGGGAAUGAUCCAGACAGCUCACGUUGGAGUGGGGAUCAGUGGCAAUGAGGGCAUGCAGGCAACCAAUUGCUCAGAUUAUGCUAUUGCACAGUUUUCCUACUUGGAGAAGCUGCUGUUGGUACAUGGAGCUUGGAGUUACAACCGAGUUACCAAAUGCAUACUAUAUUGCUUCUACAAGAAUGUGGUUUUGUAUAUUAUUGAGCUCUGGUUUGCUUUCAUAAAUGGAUUUUCUGGGCAGAUCUUAUUUGAGCGAUGGUGCAUUGGUCUGUAUAAUGUGAUUUUCACAGCGCUGCCACCCUUUACUCUGGGAAUUUUUGAACGAUCGUGUACUCAAGAUAGCAUGCUUAGAUUUCCACAGCUAUACAAAAUUACUCAAAAUGCGGAUGGGUUCAACACAAGGGUUUUCUGGGGUCACUGCAUCAAUGCCCUGAUCCAUUCCUUCAUUCUCUUCUGGUUUCCACUGAAAGUGCUGGAGCACGAUGCAGUAUUCACAAAUGGCCAGGGAACUGACUAUUUAUUUGUUGGAAACAUAGUUUACACUUAUGUUGUAGUCACUGUUUGUCUGAAAGCUGGCUUGGAAACAACUGCGUGGACUAGAUUCAGUCACCUGGCUGUCUGGGGAAGCAUGCUGCUCUGGCUGGUGUUCUUCGGUGUCUACUCAGCCAUCUGGCCCACGUUUCCCAUCGCACCCGACAUGCUGGGGCAGGCUGGAAUGGUGCUAAGAUGUGGAUACUUCUGGUUUGGCUUGUUUCUCGUGCCCACUGCGUGCCUUGUUAAAGACGUGGCAUGGACAGCGGCCAGGCAUACCUACCAUAAAACUUUGCUGGAGCAAGUUCAGGAGUUGGAGACGAAGACGAGAGAGCUGGGAAAAGCCAUGCUUCGUGACAGUAAUGGAAAGAGCGUGAACGAACGUGAUCAUUUGCUAAAAAGGCUUGGCAGGAAAACUCCUCCGAGCCUUUUCCGUGCUCAUUCUUUCCAGCAAAGUGUGUCACAUGGGUAUGCAUUUUCACAAGAAGAACAUGGUGUUGUUUCCCAGUCACAAGUUGUUCGAUCCUACGACACAACCAAAAGGAGAAGAGAAAUAGAAUAAAUGGUUCUUUACUUGAUGGGUGGCGGGAAUAAUGGGAUUUGGAUCAACACAUCCACUGUUAACACAUUCUCAACUAGGGUUGGCAGCAGCAGCCAAAACACCAGAGAACUCAUUUCUGUGGCCUUAGCCAACAAGUUCAUGUAUUCUCCCUGCAAACCUUGAGUACAUAUUGUGGGGGGAAAUCAUUGUUUGAAUUCAGUCGCAAAGCUUUGCCUAAAGUUUUGUUUAUGUUAUUAUGAAGCAUUUGACUGUGCUAUGUGAGAUGUGAAAUUAAAAACAAUGUUUUACCACUAUUUAAAACAUCAACAAUGUUCUGGAGGAAAAGUAGAAAAUUUGUUCCAUGAGAGAUCAGCCUUUUCUUAAUUAGAAUGGGGUGCUGAGAUUUUCUGUUUUGUUACACACAAACCCAGUGCACACAGCUGCAUGCAGAUAUUACUCCCUCUAAUAUUCAAUGUUUACUAAUUUGGCUGAAAUUUUUAACAGACAAUGUGGCAUACAAUUUUUGAUUGCAACAUAGUCUGUAGCUAAAAAUGCUUAUUUGCCUUCUUAUGACAGAGUAACACAAGUUAGCAGUGAAUUACUUAGAAUAUUUCUAGCCCUCUUACAGGAUGUGCUAGGGCUCUAUCUUAGCUUUCUAAAACCCAAUUAAUAGCUUGCUCACAAAGCUAGGACAUGGAAGUCAGAACUCAGCAGGGAAAGCUGCCUUGAGAGCAUGGCAUUGUGCCCAAAAGUGGACUCAAAUAGGUGCCUCCUGGUAACUCUUCAUGAUGUAUUCAGACGUGCACUUGAAACGUAGCCUGGAACUUGCCUCCAUAAUCCCAUUCCCACUUUAACAGUAGAACAAAACAGGGAGAACUUAAAAGGUACAAGCUUGUCAGGUGUUCAGAAAGAUGUGCAUCUUCACAGGAGGCUGAUACUGUAAACCUAAAAAACAUUCCCCUGACCAGGUAGGAUAGGCUUGCAAAGGAAAGUUAGGAAGAGUUUACACACACGCGUGCACAUACAUGUACACACACAGAGCUGGUCAUUGUGAGAGAAGACUUGUUUGUUUGUUCAGCCAAACCAGUCCCUCUUCUAGGUCUGAUCCAUCAACGGGCUUCCUGACACACUUGGACCCACGAGCCCUGGAAGGAAUGCUGGCUCCUCAGCCUCGCUGUGCCAGUGGAACAGGCAUGCUGCUGCAUAAAUUGGAAUUCUGAAAAAAAAGCAAAAACUGAGGCAUAAGUUAAAGCUGAAAGAACUCUUAGAAAGCUUAUGCUGUCCUCCAGACAAGUUCUAUUAAUUUUAGUUGCCAAGCCAUGUUUCUGAAUAGCAUAAAGUAAAUAUUGCUGUUUCAGCCAGGCUUUGUGGUUAAUGUAUAUACUACAUCUGUGCAUUUAAGAAGUUGGUGUUGUUUUUUGCCCUAUUGACUGUCAUCCAGAAUUUUUUAUUGAUUUAAAUAUAUCCGAAAGCAAUUUGAGUAUGAAUAUUUAUGCUUAGCAAGGAAAAGGAAAACGCCAGCCUGGCCCACUGACUUAGUCUUCCUUAAGGGCUGUGAGUAAAUGCCAGUGCUCAAGUGUUGUAGUUCCCGGUGCCACCUCGGAGGCUCCAAGUCCCCUUCCAUGCUAAAAAGCAAAUUUGGCUCCUGCAGCACCCGCAGGAUUGCUCUUGAAUUAGGCCGGUGGCACAGAGGGAAAAGUCGUCACCUUCUUUCUGCAGUGCUAAUGAGACAAUUAUGCAAUAAAGGAAACGUGCAAAUAAUUUUGCCAUAGGCAUGAGUGUCAAGGGGCCAAGCAGGGGUGUGUGUUUUCUGGGAGAUUAAUUUUGUUUAAAGGCAUGAAUACUAGUGCAGAGAAUAAAUAAGGGGAGGAUAAACCUGAUCCCAGGAGCUUUUAAAUCUUAACGCUAAUCUAACCUGUUAAACACUUUCUUUUAUUUAGAAACAAAAUCUAUUUCGGAGAUGUGUGGUGUAAGCCUGCCCUCAAAACUGCUGUUUCUUCCUUUUGUAACACAAGGAAAAUUAACUUCCCACUGAGAUGAGAUCGGCUUAGUCUUUGUACUCUGAGCCACACACUAAACAUUGGGACUCAAGAUAUAAAGCAACGAGGCAGCCAAGGCCUCUGGGACUGUACGUGCAUGUGUGUGUUGGAAGAUUCGUCUGACUUGGAAACCUUCCCCUGUCCCUCCUCCUGCCCCUGAAGUGCAGCCCGUUGUGCUGGGAGGUCAAAUAUUCAACAGCUUGAGUGACAGGAUCUUUAACAGCAUCUUUUUCAUCAGCAAGCCAAGUCAUGUGCCCACUUGUCUGUCAUAUCUACUCAAAUUGCUUAAAUAUUGUUUCAGAUGGGGAGGUUUUAAUCUGGAUAUGCAGAGAGGAGUAAUGCUGUGGGGGGAUGUUAAAUUGGCUCCCAGCAGAGCAGUGGUGUGUGGGUUUUUUCCUCUAGAAGUGUUACCAUUUUCACGUCCUAUUAAUGUCCUCUGGUAGUUUAAAUACAGCGUCACAUUACAGUGGAGUUUGUUUCCCUCCCAGACAAUACAAAUGAAGGUCAUUUACUUGUAUUUUUAGAUGGUUCGAAAAACUUAGCAAAUUUGUAGCUUUGAACAGCAUUGUUGACUGUUGUAUGUCUGCACAAAAAUAUUUCCAAUAAACCUUUUAUUAAGGCAA